AUUUAUUCCUCUUCCUCAGCUUUGAACUCCUACAGAUAUUCAGCUUGAGACGCUGGAGCACAGCAGAUUAGGCCGAACAGGAAGUGCUUACAUCGUUGGACAAUCAAGUCACGAUAGGAUAAUAACCUCGUCACCAGGCCAUCACAAUUGCAAGAUGACUCCUCCAUCCCACUGGCAGACUAUAUCUCCACAAACACGCCCUUUGACUCUCACCGUUCUUGACCUCACGCCGUUAGCUCUUACAGUCUCCCUCUCGCUUACUCCCUCCGCCUCAAUCUCAUUGCAUCAUUCACAUCCUUCACAAUCCCAUCAUGCUCAUGGCACCCACGGCCACCCACAUACACCUGUAUCACAUGGUCAUAUUGCCCAAGUCCCGAAUCAGAAGAACCGAAAACGUCACCGCAAACGGGGCCACCCGAAUCAAAUAUUUGCAACAUCCACUCACGGAGAACCGAGCGAAGAUGACGAGCACGAGCAAGAAGAAUCCGACUCGAAUUCACAUCAGGAUAGCGCUGUAAGCUUCAAAGACCUGUUGCGGCAUGGCGUCCUGGUAUAUGUCAAUGGGCAGCAAUCAAACAACCUAUUCGCGAAUGUGAUGGAUGAUGAGGACGAGGAGACAGAGUGGGAGGACGAGACAGAGGCAUCGCCACAUGGGGAGGAGAUGGAAGAGAGUAUGGAACAGGGAAUCACACGUCGACGACCGCGAAAGGCCCGUUUUGGGGCAUCUGCUGCUGAAGCUGCGGGAAAGGCGACGGGAAAGAAAAAGGACGAGAAGCCGCAUUCAAAAGGGGAUAAAGAUAGGGCCGUGCUUGUAAUCUAUGGGUUGAUGCCUGCUCAAGAGUAUGAAAUUGAGCUGAGAGUUGUUGGUAUGGGAGGUCAAGAAACUGAGGCGUUGGCCUCUACAAGCGUAUUAAUCCCCGCUCCACCUACAGCCACCGUUUGCCCUCGCUCUAGAGCGAAUUCUCUUCGUUCGCGUUCUUGCCCCCGGUCCCGAUCCAACUCCCUCACCGCCCCUCAAGCUCCUGAAGCCGCACCAGACGCGCCUCCAUCCCCUACCCACGCCGAGGCAAUCGUUCCUACUCCCAUUUUGAAUGCUGUCGAUACACAAGCUGCUCAGCUGCGUCACUUGAUCGCUACUGCCCAUACCGAAAAAGAACUUCUUCAAACCCAGAUCAAAGAAGCUCGGCGUACUGCGCAAAGGGGGGAAGCAGCGUUGAAGGCUGAGAUUGAGACUGUGAAAAAGGGGAUUGAAAAGGCUGGUGGCAUGGAUUUGAGAGCAAAGCAAAAGGCGUUGGCGUUGCAAGAGCAAGUGAAGCAAGGAUGGGCAGGUGCUGAAGCAGCAGAAAAGGAAAUGAAGGCGGUUGAGCAGGGGCUCGCUGAUCUGGAGAAACGAUUGGAGCAAGUGAAAGAGGAAGUGGAAGAGGUCAAGAAAGAGUUUAAAGAGGUCAAGGAGGAAGAAGAAAAGGCCAAGGAGAGUGACAAAAAAACUAGAAGUGACGAAGAUAAAAAAUUAGCCGAGAUGAUCUCCAAGAUCGAAAAGCUUAAGACCAAAAAGGCCAAGAAAGAGGCAGAGGGGGCAGAGCUCGAGAGGCGAUUGGAAGAGUUGGAAAAGGAGAUGGAAGAGGCACAGAAGAGGAAUGAAGAGGAAAAAGCAAACCGGAGCCGGACAAUGUCAUAUUAUGCCGCUGGGUACGGCCAGCAAUACCACGAUCCUCACGAUCCUACCCCAUUCGGUCCCGUCGGUGCACCACCACCCCCGGUCACAGGUUCAAGCACAUCUCAAAACAACAGCCGUACACUUACCACUCACCCCUCAUUGACCAAUCUCUCGGGGCCGUAUGCCGCUGGACCCGCUUACCGUCCCAAAGGAGCACCGGGGUACACACCUCGCUUCCCAUCAGGUGGUGCUCGUCCCAGCCCGACUCUUCCUUCUCCUACCCAGACAACGGGCUUCUAUCCAUCUGCUCCUCACCCAGUCCCUCCUGUUAACGCUUCUCCAGGGUUUAGACCUCCGAAAGUCGCACCUGCUCUGGGGACAAGCACAACGAGGCCAGGUGUGAACGCUGCUGCUUUACCGUUCCACCCGCCAAACUACAACCCUCAACCUGGAUGGACUGCAUCAUCUAAUAAUAACCCUCCUGCUGCGAAUCCAACCCCUCCCGGAGCCCAUAAUACACCGCCAGCAGAGCACACGACCGCACUCAUGCCUCCAUCCCUUCAGCACCGUAUUUACCUUCCCAACCCUCGGGCUCGUCCGUUCCAAGCACCUUCUGCAACUUCUUCUCCCGCGCCAAUCCCACCUACAAUUGCACCAUCUAGUGCUCCGUCUACGAACCCAUCCAACCCAGCAGUAGCAACAGCCGUCGCCGCCACAUCUUCUUCACCAUCCAGCUCCAGUCCUAGUUCGCCGGCUUUCCCGCCCCUUCCCCCUUCAUCCUCCGCAUCAGCCAACAAAUCCACAUCCGCCUCUGUUUCUCAACAAGGAUCUAGUUUGGCAAGUAUUGUAACUCGCGCCGUGCUCGCGCCUACUUCGGCUUUAGCACAAAAAUCUUCGCCAACCGGAGGAAUCGGCCUUGGUUCUGGCGUUAGUGCGGGGCCAAUCGAUGUGGUGGGACGUACUGCGAGUCCGUCAGGGUCGGUAACAGGAGCAGGAGGGAUACCAGGGCGGAGAACUUCUACGCCACCUAUAGCGCACGGUCAUGGGAUGGGCGCUCAUCCAGGAUAUGAUGGUCGCCCAGGAGCAGGAGCAGGGUCAGGGCCAGGGAUAGGUGGGUUAAUGAAACGCGGAAGCUAUACUGGUGAUUUUCCGCCUUUAUCGCCUACCUGGUCUGGGCCGGGACCUAUCGGCGGUAACGGGGCUCCUGGUACUGCAACCGGUCUGAACGAUGGGGUCGAUAGAGGCCACGGGAUGCAGAGUUCGGGAUCGGGGACGGUAACACCAGGAUUGACGAUGAGGGAGGGUAUGCCCCCUCGUCUUGGUGGAAAUGUUAGGAGUGGGAAUGAGAAGAGCGGGAGUGGGAAUGGAGCGUGGGGGAGGGAAGGGAUUGUGACGGAUGCCAUUUUGAAGAAACGAGAUGAACAAUAAUCAAAAGUCUCUGAAUAGGAAGAAGCCAAGUUGACGGAGGAUGGAAGAGCGAGAAGGUUGAGGCGCGAAGGAGACGGGGUGGAGAAGGGACGAAGGAAGUCUUUUUGUACGCAUUAAGUACCAUUUUGGCAACACAAAAUUAGCAUUUCGUUAUAUCACUGUAUGCAUUGGUUCUAUCUUU